AUGAAGUUUUGGUUGUCACUCGCUUUACUAUUGGCAAAUUUAUUGCCAUUCUUGCAAGCUUUACCCCUUGAUACCAACAAUGUCACCUCAGUACGAGAAGCGUGUAAUUUGAUUGCCAAGGGUUUGCUCGACUAUUACGAAGGAACUAAGUAUGGGGGAACUAUUGGUGAAUUUACUUCACCUUAUUAUUGGUGGGAAGCCGGUGGUGCAUGGGGUGGAAUGAUUGACUACACUUUUUACUUUCAAAAUGAUACUUUAGUGCCUUUGAUCAAGCAAGCUUUGGAAUACCAAGUGGGAGACGACAACAAUUAUAUACCAUUGAAUCAAAGUACUACCGAAGGUAAUGAUGAUCAAGGCUUUUGGGGUAUCGCUGUGAUGGGUGCGGCAGAAAGAAAUUUCAGUAAUCCCAAUAAUAAAGAGUUGAGUUGGUUGGGUUUAGCGCAAGCUGUGUUUAAUACAAUGACAGCGAGAUGGGAUGUUGAUGACUGUAAUGGUGGUUUGAGAUGGCAGAUUUUCCAGUGGAACUCUGGUUAUGAUUACAAGAAUUCAGUUUCCAAUGGAUGUUUAUUCCACUUGGCAGCCAGAUUAGCAAGGUAUACACAAAACGAUUCUUACGUUGAAUGGGCGCAAAAGACGUGGGAUUGGAUGUAUGGAGUUGGUUUGUUAACUGAGGGAGACCAUUGGUUUGUAUACGAUGGUGUCAAGAUUGCCAACAAUUGUUCGAAUAUAACCAAAUAUCAAUGGACUUAUAAUCAAGGUCUUAUGUUGGCAGGGUGUGCAUACCUUUACAACUACACUGAAGAUCAAAAAUGGUACAACUAUACCGUGCAAUUAUUGAAUAGUGCACAAGUGUUUUUCAAAAACAUGUCGGGAAGCAGUGUCAUGUAUGAAGCUGCUUGUCAACCAUCUAAUACAUGUAACAAUGAUCAAAGGUCGUUUAAGGCAUACUUUUCCCGAUUCUUGGCCCUUACAGCACAGUUGGUGCCAGAAACUUCGGGUAUCAUUUAUAAAUGGUUGGUUGAUUCUGCAAAUGCAGCUGCAGGUGCUUGUUCUGGUGGUAUUGAUGGCCACACUUGUGGUCUUUCAUGGACAAACUGGACAGUGGGAUAUGAUGGAUACUAUGGAUUGGGGGAACAAAUGUCAGCGUUGGAGGUUAUACAAAGUGUAAUGAUUUACCAUGAUGCGCCAGCACCGUACACAGCUGAGACUGGUGGUUCGUCUGAGUCACAACCUGAUAGUGGAUACGGAACCGUGGCUACCAACGCUAAACCAUUGAGCUUGGAUUCAGGUGAUAAAGCUGGUGCGGGUAUAAUCACAGCCAUUAUCGGUGCUUCCUUGAUUGGAUGCUGUGUCUGGUUGAUACUAUAG